UCAGCACAGCUUUCCGUAGCUGAAUGCCUUACGUCAGGCAAAGCCAAAGCAAGUAUGGCGGCGCCCUCUUUACUCUUGUAGAAUGUAGGCAAAGAACAUUAGACAUGGAGUUGUGACAGCGAUACCAAACGUUUAAAAUUGUAGUUCUUAGAAACUCUGCAAGUGUUGAAAUACUAUUAAUAACUAUUUACGUAAAACAUGGGGUUAGAACGGUUUCUCCGCGGGACACUGACGUGUUUCUCGGCACAGUUUCGACACGUAACUACUCUGCAAAAAGUCAGUGUUGUUUGUGUUCCGGGCAGGUCCAACGAAGUGAUCAGGUCUACUAGCAUAACAGGAUUGUGCUGCAGGCUGUUCAGCCACACAAGUCACUUCGGGACCGCUCACAGACAGCUGGUUCCCCGCCGCAGCCUCGGCUCCUCCGUCCAGCCCCCCAGAGAUGUCACCCUGUUCCAGCACGACAGGACCCGCUUCUUCCGGCUCCUGUCCGUCUUCUGUGGCGGCCAGUUUCUAUUUUGGACGUACCUGGGCCAUUUCGCUUUCCACGGGCUAAGAGAUACAAGAGCUUCUUCGGUGAAAGAGAAAGACAAGGUUGCAACCACAUUCGAGCUCGCUGGGAUGUGGAGCUUUGAGAUGAACCUGGGGUCGAGCGCCUGGAGGUACGGCUUCACCGCGGGGUGUCUUGCUAUAGGGGCUUGGAUAGUCGGGCUCGCGGUCUUGUAUUGUCGGCGCUCUGUCAGCCAGGUAGUUUUACACCAAGGUGGGAAAAUGGUGACAGUGACCACACAGUCACCUUUGGGACCAGGACGAGGUCGGAGAAUAACAGUCCCUCUAUCGCAGGUGGCCUGCCAUGCUCACAGACAGGAGUCCCCUUCAUUCAUCCCUCUCAGGGUCAAAGGACACAAGUUCUAUUAUCUCCUGGACAAAGACGGGACUGUGAACAACACUAGACUGUUUGAUAUCACUGUUGGAGCUUACAGGGCCUUUUAAGUUCUGGACCAUACCUGUUUUACCACUAAAUGCAUCAUUGAUCCACAGAUGAGACUUUACAUGACUCCAAAGCUUGACUUCAGUAUCUGCUUGAUUGUAUUUUUUUGAACCAUUACAUCAAAAGUGAACUCUUUAGAUCACUUCAUGUCUAAUCACAAACAUGAUAUGCUGAGAAUAAAGAACACAACUGAAAAAAGUCUGUGUUUUCCUCAUAUGUGUGUACUGGUAAUUAAA